AUGCCUUAUAAUAUGGAUCAUGCUCAUGGUACAGUGAUGAUACUAUCUUGGAUGGUUUUUGGUUCUACAGGUGUUCUUUUUGCACGUUAUGGUCGUGUAUUACAAUUAGGAAAUCAACGACAAUUACUUGGCAAAUCAAUUUGGUUUCAAAUACAUCGAUUACUUUUAUCUUUAUCUUCAUUAUUAACUCUAGUAGGUUUUUACUUCAUUCUAGUUCACUUACGUGGUCAAUGGUCUAAUUUAAAUACCAGUAAUAAAGCUCUCUUAGCUCAUGUAAUCUGUGGCAGUAUCAUUAUAUGUUGUAUAAUUAUACAAAUAUGGUUGGCACUUUAUCGUUGUCAUCCUCAUAGUCGUUUUCGUUUUAUAUUCAAUUUUAGCCAUCGAAUCUUUGGUUCUGUUGCAUUUUGCCUUUCAUUUUGCAAUUUCUUUUUGAUUGCAUUUUACUUAUCAAUACAACAUAUUGAUCUUGUUAUCAUUGUUUCAUUGUGGACAACAUGGGUUAUUAUCGUUGUUAUACUUUUCGAAAUAGUUCAAUAUCAUUAUCGAAAAGCAUCAGCAUUAAUGGCACUUAAUACACGGGUUAGCCAUAUGAAUGCAGAACCUAUUAAUCAUAAUGCACGACCAGAUACAGAGGCAGGUACACAUGCAGCUAUUGGCAAUCAACGUCUCAAUAAAAUUAAAUUAUUUUUAUUUCUUAUUCAUACUAUUAUUAGUGUUGCAUUUUGUAUUCCAUUCAUUGUCAUUAUUUGGCAUCAGACUUAA